AUGGACGCCAGCCCCGACGCCGUCCACUCGGCACCAACACACCUCGAGGGAAUCACGCGUGUGUGUUUCAGUCCAGAUGGCAAGACAAUCUACACCGCGGGCGCGGACUGCCUCGUGCGCAUCCACGAUGCCGCUGCGCCCGACGCUGAGCCCGGUUUCCAUGACGAGCACGCCGAGCCCGUGUCCAGUAUCACGGCAAGUACGGACCUGUUGAUCACGGCGUGUCUCGAUGCAGUGGCGCGUGCUUUCCGUGGUAAGGAGCUCGAUGGGUAUAUUAUGCGUGCGAGCGGUGUUCCCCUCCGAUGGGUUCAGGUCGACGCUAAGGGAGAACGUGUGGCGGUGUGCAGCGACGAAAACCUCGUCUACGUCGUCGACGUCAACGACCGCACCAACGUGCAAAAGAUCCCGACCAACGACUCGCCAGUCCGCUCUGCCGCCUGGGACCCCACCGGGCAAUACCUUGUUCUCGCGGGUUGCGACGGCAAGCUGAAGGUGUACGACACGAGCGAGAAGUCACCGUUCAACAAGCGCAACCUCGAAGGCAUGAUCAAGUCGUCGCAGCCAGACGCGCAGACCCAGUGCUACGUCGCGUGGCACCCGAGCGGCGACUGCUUUGCCGUUCCAACCCGCACGCACGAAAUUGCACUCAUCGCCCGCGACACGUGGAGCAAGCUGGGUUCGUUCCAUGCCGACGGACAUCGCGAGGUCGUUGGCGAGCUCGCGUGGUCUCCGAACGGCAAGUACCUAGCGUCGGCGGCGGGCUCCGAGCUCCUGAUCUGGGCGACGGAGGGACACCACGUCGUCGCUCGCUGUAGCACCGAGGCUGAGGUGACGGGUCUCGCAUGGGCACCAAACGCCAACAUGAUCGCGUUCACGACGAGCAACGGUUGGUUCAACCGCUGGACGGAGCCGGUACCUGCGGAUUUUGCGUCGCCAUUCCUCUCGGACGCGGAGCUCGCGAAGAAGGCGGACAAGAUGCUUGACGACGACUUGUUUGGCGAGGACGAGGGGAUCGACCUCGACGAGGUUGGAGAGGAGCUCGGCGACGAGGUGGGUGAUGACUGGAUCGUCGACGACGAUGGCGCGUUUGCCGAGGACGACGGAGAGGCCACGCGCGGCGGGCGCACCCAGGUCGUCAACGUCACCAAGGCCCAGCCGUCAUUCGUACCCGGCGCGACCGAAUGGCGUGCCAAGAAGCGGUAUCUCGCGUUCAACAUGGUCGGCGUUGUCGACGCCACAGACCAGGAAACACACAAUGUCGUCAACGUCGAAUUCCACGAUAAGAGCGCGCGACGCGGAUACCAUUUCUCGGACCACUCGCAGUACACCAUGGCGAGCCUGGGAGAGCAGGGCAUUGCGUACGCUGCUCCGGCAGGCGAGAACAAUGUCCUGAGUGUCGUGCACUAUCGGCCCUACGACUCGUGGGGGAGCACCGCGGAUUGGAGCAUGUCGCUCUUGGCCGGCGAAGACGCCCUGAGCAUCGCUGUUGGCGGACCCGAACAGGGCCUCGGCACCGUCGUCGUGGCGACGAGCAAAGGUCUAGUACGCUUCUUCACGGCGUCGGGCGUGCAGCGGUACGUCUGGCGCCUGGGCGAGGAUGUGAUCACACUAGUUGCGGGGCGCGACGCCCUCCUCGUCAUCCACCGCGAGGGUGGGACGAGUCUCGAUGGCUGCCAGAGCCUGCGAUACACGCUGAUGGACCUCGAGACCUUCGACUUGGUGCAGGAAGGCCGUGUCCCCCUCCCGCGCGACGAGACGCUGGCUUGGGCGGGCUUCUCCUCCGCUGGUGUUCCUGUGAUCUACGACAGCACUGGCGUACUUAGCGCUCUCGACCGCUUCCGCCGCCCAAACCAGGCGCGGUGGGUACCUCUCUUCGACGGCGUGGUUGCAAAGGGUGCCAAGCGCGAGGCCUACUGGCCUGUCGGGGUGAGCGAGGAACCCGGCGUCCUCCACGCCAUCAUCCUCAAGGGUGUGGAGCGUGAGCCCUUUUUCCCGCGUCCCCUCCUGCAAGAUCUCAAUCUCCAAAUGCCCCUCCUCACGACGGACACCGCGCACGGUGCGCUGGAGGAGAAAGCCGCGCGCGCCGCCAUCCUCCUCUCAGCGGAGGGGAGCGAAGAUGGCCGCAUCCAGAUCGACAAGGACCUUCUCCAGCUCAUGCAGGGCGCUUGCAAGGCUGACGCGCUCGCACGUGCCCUCGACCUCGCCCGACUCGUGCACGCUACGAGCUCACUAGAUGCGGCCCGCCGCAUCGCUGACUACUACCACUUCCCGGGACUGGUGGAGCGCAUCGGGCACAUCAAGUCCGAGAAGGGCCUCGAGCGGGUGAGCUGGGUCGACGCCGAGCCGCAGCAGGAAUACGUUACCCGGGCCAAGGCCGGUCGCGGCCCAACAAGGGACUUUGAGGACUUUGCACCGGCCCGUAAGCGCACCUUCCGAGGCCGCGAGCCGCCUAGCAGCAGGGCUACGCCAAGCGCGCGCCGCGCCGAAACCCCCGCCGCGUCUAGGCAGACUGUCGUGCCCGAGACACCUGCACCUGAUGACGAGAUGGACUUUGACUCUACAGCGGGAAAAACAUUCGACGAAAGCAUGCCUCUCGUCGCGUCACCAAAACGCAAGCGUUCCGAGGAUGACCAGCCCGGUGCCAAGAACCCAUUCGCGAAGCGCGCAGGUAACCCGUUUGCCAAGGCUGCCGUCGCUCGCCCGCUCGACUCGAUCAAGAGCACGUCCUUCUUCGAUCGUGUGGAUGACAUCGAGGCCAAGGGCCCUGUUUCUGUGAAGAAGGGAAAGAAGGCGCGGAAGGAGGAGAAGGGGCCGAAGCAGACAACGCUAUUUGGCAUGCGGCACCCUGUGGCAAAGGACAGCUAUGCGUCCAUCACAGAAGACGAGGAGGAGGUGGAGCGCGACCCACUCGAGGAGGCGGUCGUGCAAGACUCCGUCGAGUUUGAGGAGACACUCAUGGACUGA